UAGACACGAUAAAAUCCAACAGUAUUAUUCAUCGUCUCUUGUCGCUCCCGGUGGAUCAACCUUUACUCAUCACAUGGAUGGUUCAAACAAAAUAAUUAGUGUUGUUCAGUAUUGUUCAGUAUUGUUUUACAGUGAUUGUACAUACAGUAAACAUGACGGCGAAUGGGAUAAGCGAUGAUAUUUAUAGUGGUUACAAUGAUUACCCUUCGGUGUAUAGUACACAAGAUCUCGAUCAAGAUGAAUUCUUUCAAGAAGCGCUUAAAACUACCUUUGCUAAAAGAAUUACCAUGACACCAAAGACCCCUGGGACAGCUAUGCGUCUUGGAACUUCUACUGGCUAUCAUCGAGGGGGGACGGCGGCGGGUGGUAGACCAGGUACCGGGGUUCCUCGUCCGAUGACCGCCGUGCGAGGUGCUGGAUAUACUAGCAGUAGUCGACGUCCAUUCGAUCCUCUUAAUAUGAGUAGUUCGUCCAAGGGUCCCGCACCACCACUGGAAGCUGCAAAAGAUGACACGCCUGAAGAAAAAAUAAAAGCAGCAGAACAAAAGAUAAUGGAAUUAAUUGAAAGUUCUGCAGCGGCAGCAUGUGAAAAUAGUAUGCGAGUUGCCUUGGAAAGGGCAAGGGAAGCUUCUUCGAGAGAGAGAGCUCUGAUAAGAUUGCAAGAGCAGGCUGGACUUAGCGACAGUCACAAUGUAGAUUUGACGUUCGCGGUGUUAUUUAAUUUGGCUAGUCAAUAUACAAACAAUGAAAUGUAUACCGAAGCUAUAGCUACAUAUCAAGCAAUAACCCGAAACAGAAUGUUUAGUAACAGUGCCAGGCUGAAAGUGAAUAUGGGAAACAUUUAUGUUAAAAUGGGUCAGUUAUCACAAGCCAUUAAAAUGUACAGGAUGGCUUUGGAUCAAGCACCAGUGGCUCAAAAGGAUUUGAGAAUUAAAAUAAUGCAUAAUAUUGGCAUGUUAUUCGUACAAAUGGGUCGCUUGGAAGAGGCUGCAAACAGUUUCGAAUGGGUCAUGAGAGAAAGAGCUGAAUUCAAAGCGGGUUUGCAUGCCAUUUUAUGUCAUUUCGCUUUGUCUCAUCGGGAUAAGAUGAAAAGGGGAUUCUUAGAAUUGUUAGAGGUUCAACUUAACAUAGAUCAGGAAGACAAAUACAAUAACAGUACAGAUGAUGUUGCUGCUAACAUACUAAACGAAGUUAUCAAGAAUGAUGAUUUAUCCAAAUUAGAAAGAGAAAUGAAGUUAGAGGCAGAAAAAACAAUAUUAAGUGCAGCAAAACUCAUUGCACCAGUCAUCGAAGAUACUUUAACAGCUGGAUUUGCUUGGUGCGUCGAUGCAAUAAAAUCUUCUACUUAUGGUCCUUUGGCAGCUGAUUUAGAGAUAAAUAAAGCAAUGGUGUUUCUACAUAAUCGGGAAACUCAGUUGGCGAUAGAUACACUAAAAGUGUUUGAAAAUCGAGAGACUAAGGCAAAUAGUGCUGCAUCGACUAUGCUUUCAUUCAUUUAUUACCUUCAAGGUGAUUAUGAAGAAGCCGAAAGAUGUGGGGAGGAAGCAAGAAAAGUAGACAGUUACAAUGCUGCAGCCUAUGUUAAUCUUGCGGCAUGUGCGAUUGUUAGAGGUGAAUUUGAUCGUGCAAGGGAACUUUUACUAUGUGCUUUGGAAAAUGAUGCUAGUCAUGUACAGGCUCUCUAUAAUCUUGGUCUAGUCUAUAAGAAGCAAAAUAUGUACGAGGAAGCUUUGGAGUGUUUCUGGAAAUUGCGAAAUUUGAUUCGAUACGAUCCCCAAACUUUAUAUCAAAUAGGCCACCUAUACCAGCUGAUAGGUGAUGUGGAUCAAGCAGCGGAAUGGUACAAUCAACUUUUGGGAAUAAUACCUUCAGAUCCUGGAGUAUUGCAAAAAUUGGGAGAAAUGUAUGAUAGCGUAGGGGAUAAACAGCAAGCAUUCCAGUUUUAUCACGACUCUUACAGAUUUUAUCCUGCUAAUUUCGAGGUGAUCGACUGGCUCGGUUCGUAUUCGAUUUCUAUGCAGGUUGCCGAAAAGGCGCUAAAUUAUUUUGAAAGAGCUGUGGAACUCGCGCCGGAUCAGCCCCGAUGGCGAUUGCUUGCUGCUGCUUGUUUACGACGGACGGGUCAAUUUCAUAAAGCAUUAGCGGAGUAUCAAGAUAUUCACAAGAAGUUUCCAGAAAACAUUGAAUGCUUAAAAUUCUUAAUAAGACUCUGUAGCGAUUUGGGACUAAAAGAGGCUCAGCUGUACGCAUCUGAAUUGAAGAAAGCUGAGAGAGCGAGAGAGUUGAAAGAGCGACAAGGUUCUGCAAGGCCCGGAACUACAGGAUCCAAAAGAAGCAAUAGCGGAACUUCUUCACGAGCUGGUUCCGUUAUGAGUAUUUUAUCAGAGCAUCGAACGAGUCCUGGAUUGGGGUCUGCGGAUCGCCAAGGAUCGCAUAGUGGAGGUCCUGCAAGAGCAAGCCGGUCAUCCAUGCCAGAAAAUUCGUUAGAGUUUACACCUGAUCAGAACAUACGAAUCGAGACAAGUUAUUCGGAUCCAGUGGGGCCUUUGCCAGCUCGCCCGAUGACUUCCGCAGGAAAAAGAGACGACGAUUUCGGGGACGAAGAACUAGGAGAUGAUCUUUUACCAGAGUAGUUAUUUAUUUCCCUGCGUAGAGUAUCAUUAAGUUAACGAUAAUAAGCAAAUUUAUUUCCGCGUGUUAAUCAAAUUUAGGAGCUGUAGUAAUUCUUAUCAAAAUAAAUUCUUUGCACAUAUUAGAUAUAAAGUCAAGUCACGGAUCGAACAAAUCUAAGAUCUCCGUGGACGUUUUCGAUUCGAGAAAUUUACGCUCCUCGAAAGGCGUAUUUUCGCAAUAAUAUCCAACUAGGAGAUAACGAGGUCGAAGUGGAAUAAAAAAAUGUUGAGACCUAGCACCUCGAGAGGUCAUGUCGUCAUUAGACUCGAUUAAUUUUUAUCUUCCACUGACCUCGGGUCAAAGUCCGCGAUUCCGAAUCUCAUAUAAUUUAUAUGUAUACAUGUCUAUCUUUUCACGGAUAAUAAAAAUAUUUUUCAAA